GACAGCAAGAGUAUAACCUCUUGUAUAGUUUUAUCUUUUAGAUAGGUAAAAAGUUUUGACCAUUGGAAUAAUGUUUUUAGAUGCCCAGCAUAAUAAACAGCGUUGAAGGAUCUAGGCAAUCAAACGGUGGCAACAUGCAACUGGAGUGUUUGGAAUUGGCGGGGUGCACCCUGGACCGGUACAUUAUAGUGGAUAAUUCCCGCCCUUCUUUUUUAGAGAUAACUGGCAUAGCACAACAAAGAAGUCCAACAUGCAGUGGUCUCAAUGCUGGCGAUUACAGAAACCUUGCAGCAAUACUCAAUCAUCCAAAUCUAUCACAACUCAAAAUAUUAAACAAAGUUCCUCUUCCACCUGAAAUAAUGGAACACUUUGCCCAUAUGCAAUGCCAUUGUUUGAUGGGUGUAUUUCCAGAAAUAAGCAGAGUUUGGUUAGCAAUAGAUAGUAACAUUUAUGUAUGGGCCUUCGAACAUGGCAGUGAUGUGGCUUAUUUUGAUGGUUUGGGAGAGACCAUAGUCAGUGUCGGCCUAGUCAAGCCUAAGACUGGUGUAUUCCAAAAUUUUGUUAAAUAUUUACUUGUAUUAACAACAACUGUAGAAAUAGUAGUCUUAGGUGUAACAUUUUCUGCAAGUAAAAAUGAUGGUAUUGGUGAAUUUGAAGAAAUACAUUUAGUGCCGGAACCAGUAUUUGUUUUGCCAACAGAUGGCAUAUCUAUGAUGUGUGUGAAGUCAACUGCAGAAGGUCGCAUAUUCAUGGGUGGCAAAGAUGGAUGCUUGUAUGAAAUAACUUAUCAGGCACAACUAGGAUGGUUUGGUAAACACUGUAAGAAAAUUAAUCAUUCCACGAGUGCUCUAUCAUUUCUGGUACCUUCAUUCCUAAAUGCUGCAUUGUACGAUGAGGAUCCUAUAGUUAAAAUAGAAGUAGACAAUUCAAGACAUAUAUUGUAUACAUUAAGUGAAAAAGGCUGUAUAGAAGUGUUUGAUUUGGGCAGCGAUGGAGAGAGUAUAAGCAGGGUUGUGAAAUUAACACAGGGAAAAAUUGUCUCUUGUGCUGUGGAUAUUGUUAAAACUUUAGAAGCAUCUAACUUUAAACCAGUUAUUGCGAUAUCAGCUGUGGAAGAAUCAGAAUCAGACCAUUUGAAUCUGGUUGCUGUGACACAAAUGGGUGCUCGGUUGUACUUCAGUACUGGGAGUGGAGAUGCCAAUCAAAGUGGACCUCAAAGACCUCAAUACCUCACACUGCUGCAUGUCAGACUGCCUCCAGGGUUUACCUCUAACUCAUCAGUGUUAAGGCCUAAGCAAGUGCAUAGUGCUGUUUAUGAAAAUGGGUCGCUAGUAAUGGUGUGUUCGUCUGGCGGCGGCGGCGGCGAGGCGGAGACGCUGUGGUGCUCGUCGUUCAUGGGCAACGUUACCCAGCAUCAGAGAGACCCUAACUUCCCAAUACAAGUGGAGUACAGCGCGAAACACAAUGGAUUAUAUAUUUAUGUUGGCAGGAUAUUGUCCCCGAUCUGGAAUCUUAAAUGUGUUACGAUUUCACUCACACCUGAUAAGAAAGAAUUUAUGAGCAGUCGUGUGACGGGCGAGGACUGCGCGUACAUAGUGCGCAAGCUGCAGCGCGUCGCCGCGUUCCUGCAGCGGCCGCUCGGCCCGCCGCACACCGACGAGCACGCCUCCCUGCACGCACUCAAACUCUUCAUUACGAUGGCGAUUGAAAUGUUAAGUCUUUGGAAAGUUCUGUGUGAGCAUCAGUUCCACGUGAUAGCCGCAAGCCUGCCUCCCGACCAGCAGAGUGCACUGCAGGCUGCCAGCUUCAGGGAGCUUUUAGUGGGUGGACAAGAAGUGGCGUGUUUGUUAUUGGGAUCCCUAGUAGCCGGGUAUCUACGUGACAACGCCUCUGUGGACGGAAUAUCUCAGAAAUUACGACAGUUCUGUCCUACACUUUAUAGACAAGAAGAUGCUACUUGCUCGAAGGCUAACGAAUUAUUAAUAUUCGCUAAGCAACAAAAGAAUCCAGCAGAAAGAGAAGAAAUGUUACAACAUGCUUUGAAAUUGUGUAAGGAUGUGGCACCGAAUGUGAAUCUGCCGCUAAUCUGCUCCAAGCUGGUAUCAGUCGGGUUCUACUCCGGCGUGGUGGAGCUGUGCGUGGCGUGCGCUACGAAGAUGGACCCCCAGGACAAGGCCGUGCACUACUACAAGAGUGACCAGCCUUCGCAGGACAGGGAGGGACAUCUCACUUACUAUAGAAGGCCCGCCGCGCUGCAGCUGCUGGACUUGCUCUGGAAGGUUCUGGAACGCGCUGGAGAACAUCUGGCGGCUGCUGAAGUACUCGAAGGACUCGCUACUAGACCUGGUUCCGGUGCGACGCUCUCGCAGCGCAUGUCGUGGCUGUCGGCGGGCGUGGUGUGCGCAGCAGGCGCGGGCGGGGCGGGCGGCGCGGGCGGCGGCGGCGAGCUGCUGCGGCGGCUGGAGGAGGCGGGCGAGGUGGCGCGCGUGCAGGCCGCCGUGCGCAGCGCCGCCGCCGCCAAGCGCCCCGCGCCCCCGCCGCAUCUCAUACGACGCCUCGAUGAUGAACUGCUAGAGGUCACACAGCUUUACGAGGAGUACGCGGACCGCUACAACCUGUGGGAGUGCAAGCUGGCGAUCGUGCAGUGCUCGGGGCACACGGACGCGCUGCUGGUGGAGAGCAUCUGGAGCAACAUCCUGGCGGAGGCGGAGGCGCUGGCGCGCGCGCUGCCCGCGCCCGACGACCGCCUCGCCUCCGUCCUCAGCAAGCUCACCACGCUCGGCAGGGAGUACCUCAACACCGGCCACUGCUUCCCGCUUUAUUUCAUUGUCCGCCAAUUAGAAAUAAUGAGCUGCAAAAUGCAAGCAGACAAGAGCAUGGUUUUCAAGGCUGUAUUAAAUAUAGGAGUAUCAUUGGAGCAAGUGCUCGAUAUUUAUAUUAAAUUGGUGAGCGUGAAGGAGCGCGUGUGGCUGGGGUGCGGCGACGAGUCGCACGUGUGCGGCGCGGCGGCGGCGCUGCUGGAGGCGGCGCGCGCCGACGUGGCCGCGCUGCCCGCCGCGCCGCGCCGCCGCGCCCUCGCGCGCUGCAAGGACCUGCACGAGGCCGCGCUCUCCGCGCUCCAGUCCCGGCCGAAUACGAAGCAACUGAUCGACAAGCUGACAGUAGCGCAGGCGUACUUAGAUCGGAUGGAAUAACUUGCCGCCUCAACAUUCGUCUCAUUUUGUAAUUUUUCAAUCAGAAUUCUACGAUUUUUAUAAGAUUUUUUCGACAAUCCUUUAUUUUUGUAUUGAAAUGAAACAAUAGUGAAAGUUGACAUUUAAUUUAAUAAAACUGCAUGAAUGAAGUUUAUUCUGAACGUGAAAGUUUCUUACAAAUGUACACAUUGGCGAGAUCUAUUGAGUACAAAUGAUAUAGUAUGGCAGUGAAUUAACAAUAUGUAUUUGUCAGGACAUUGAAUCGUCAAAAAAAUAAUGAUUAAAAAAAUAGAAGAAAAUUGUCAUUAAUAAAUAAAUGUCAAUCAUGUGCAUAUAAAAAUGGAAACGCGACGAAUUAAUUAUUCGUACAAUUGUGGAGAAGCAUCGCUAAAUCGUUUCUAUUUUUGUAAAUAAAUUUUUGAAGUACAAA